AUGUCGGAGAGCAAGCACUCGAUGCGCUUAGCUUCUACGCCGUACCACGAACCCGAAAUCUUAACCAUUCUCAUCCAGUCAUCGUUCCUGCUUCUCCUCAAUGUCGUCAACUUUUUGCUAGACAAGGCUGUUUACUGCGGCCUUUUGGGGCAAGUUUUUAUCGGAGUCGCCUGGGGCACGCCGGGCGCGAAUUGGAUAGGCGCCAAUGCCGAAAGUGCCAUUGCUCAGUUGGGUUAUCUUGGCCUAUUGCUUCUGGUCUACGAAGGCGGCUUAUCUACAUCCCUACCCUCUCUCAAAGCCAACCUUUUCUUGUCCCUCUGGGUAGCGAUAACGGGAAUAAGCUUGCCCAUCGGGCUGUCCUUUGUUUUGCGACAUGUAAUUGAGGCUUCGCCGCUACAGUGCUUUGCUGCAGGCGCGGCAUUGUCCUCGACUAGCCUGGGAACUACCUUUACGGUACUGAGUACCAGCGGCUUGGCACAGUCCAGACUCGGGGUGGUCCUGACGAGUGCUGCAAUGAUGGACGAUGUGAUUGGGCUAGUCAUGGUACAAGUCAUAUCGAAUUUGGGCCAGGACAGCGGCUCCUUGAAUGCGAUUAUUGUGGUGCGGCCUCUUUUAGUGUCAGUUGGGUUCGCUGUUGUCGCGCCUCUGAUCUGUCUGUUUCUUGCCUCGCCUACAACCGCAUGCCUCAACAGACGCCGGAGAAGCAACCCACAAGGCAAUCUGAACAAGGCUAUGAGUUCUCGUCAAACACCAUUCGUACUUCAUACACUCAUACUAAUCGGCUACAUUACUGCUUCCAGCUAUGCCGGUACAUCGAAUCUGUUCGCUGCGUAUAUUGCCGGAGCCUCAAUCAGUUGGUGGGACUCGGAAGUUGAUCAUGUACAAGUUGCAAGUGAGCAAGAACCUACCAAUGCAGCAGCAGACGCAACGGGCUCGACGAGCUCAGUUAUCUCGUCAGCCGACGCCUCCGGCCUUGGCACAUAUAAUAGGGUAUAUUCCGCGACAGUCGAGACAGUGCUGCGGCCAUUCUUCUUCGCUUCCAUUGGAUUUUCGAUACCAAUCACCGAAAUGUUUACUGGCGAGAUCGUUUGGAAGGGGCUGGUGUAUACACUCUUGAUGGCGCUUGGAAAGCUAUUCUGCGGAGUUUGGCUACUCCGGCUUCCCAGAAAACUCACGCGCGCAGCAAAAAUGCCACUUCAGAGACGUGGCAAGAAGGUUUCUAGUUCAAAAGGCAAACUGUCCGGCAAACCCCCCACGGAAACCGCUGGGCCUAUGCUCAGCGCUGGAGAAGCAGCUUCUCAUGCCAGUGGUCAUGACGUCUCCACGGCUAGUCAAGUGCUGUCGCGCACAAAUAGAUCCAAGCAAGUGUCCAAGGAUACCAGACCAGCCGGUGUCAAGCCACGGUCAGUCUAUCCUGCCUCCAUUCUUGGCUGCGCUAUGAUGGCCCGAGGAGAGAUUGGCUUUCUCAUUUCGUCUAUUGCCGAGAGCAAGGGGAUAUUCACCAACAAAGCAGACACGGGUCCUAACUCGAAGAUUUUCCUCUGUGUCACUUGGGCCAUCAUGUUAUGCACAGUCAUAGGCCCAUUGGCUGUUGGGCUGCUUGUCCAACGCAUCAAGAAGUUGGAAAGGCAGGUAGAGAAAAGCGGUGGGCAGGUCAAGGGCGACGUGCUCGGUGUUUGGGGUAUAACUUAA